GAGAAUGCCAAGGACAACGUUUCAAAUCCAAGGCCUUCUAAGUUUUGGACUUAGUAUCUUUCUUUUCACACACUCUAACAUUGAAGCCAAGCAUUUAACGUAAGUCUGUUCAUAUUUUUGAAGGCUCAUCAUUCAACAAAUUCACCAGAGCCUUCUUUCAAUUCCACUUCCAUAACCUUAAUCACAAACUUCAGUUUCUAACUCUCAAAUCUCACUACUCCAGAGAAAAUAAGCAUACAUAUGAUAUAGUUCUAUAUAUCCAAUUUCCUUGGUUAUCAAAGCAAGAUGCCACAGGAGAGCUGCCAAAACUCAUUUUUCACAUCUCCUUCAAAGAGAGGAUUGAAGGGCCUGGUCUCUAUCAACAAGGAGCCUUCAUUCACUACUACGGAGGAGAGUUUCAAUGAUCAUGAAUUGGCUCAGAGGAAAGCAGAGGAAGCAGGUUGGAGAAGAUACCAAGCAUCACAAUGGCUUCAUCAAAUGGACAACGUUUCAUCAGCAUCACUCCCUCCACAACCUUCAGAAGAAGAGUUUUGCCUGACCCUCCGCAACGGCCUCAUUCUCUGCAACGUCCUCAACAAAAUCAACCCCGGUGCUGUUCUAAAGGUUGUGGAGAAUCCUGGCCUUGCUGUUCAGUCUGCAGAGGGAGCUGCACACUCUGCUAUUCAGUAUUUUGAGAACAUGAGGAACUUUCUGGAUGCUGUUAAGGCCAUGCAGCUUUUGACUUUUGAAGCUUCAGAUUUGGAGAAGGGUGGUUCAUCGAAUAAAGUUGUGGACUGCAUUCUAUGUCUGAAGGGGUUCUAUGAGUGGAAGCUAUCUGGUGGAGUUGGUGUGUGGAAGUAUGGGGGAACCGUGAGGAUUACUUCUUUCCCAAAGAAGUCUCCUUCUUCCGUAAUUGGCAGUGAAAGUGCGGAUGAAUCAUUAGACGAGUCAGAGUCGUCCCAGUAUGAGCAGCUGCUAGAGUUUCUUAACCUAUCUGAAGAGUUCUUGAUUGAAGAAACCAGAACUGCAAGUGCUUUGGCUUUCCUUUUUGAUAACUUUGGACUUAGACUUCUUCAGGCUUACCUUAGAGAGACAGAAGGGAUUGAAGAUCUGCCUCUCAAUGCAAUGGUGAUUGAUACCUUACUCCGCAAGGUAGUCAAGGAUUUCUCAUCUCUGCUUGUUUCUCAAGGAACUCAGCUUGGACUUCUCCUGAACAAAAUAUUGAACGGUGAUAUGGGAUGUCUCUCGAAGAGAGAGUUUAUUGAAGCUAUCUCGCUAUAUCUCAAUCAAAGAAGUAGUUUGGCAUCAAAUGAUUUCUCCAAGUUCUGCAUUUGUGGUGGCAAGCCUGAUAAAAUUCGACAAAAUGUCAAUUAUUCUGCUCAUUAUUCUGAAGUAAUCAACACGCAACAGAAACAACUUGAGGGGAUGAAAUACUUUUUCCAAGAGACAAAAAUGGAGGUUAAACAUAUUCAAUCUGAGUGGGAACAAGAACUGAUUAGGCUAGAGAAUCAUAUCAAGAGCCUUGAAGUGGCCUCCUCAUCCUACCACAAAGUUUUGGAGGAGAACCGUGUUCUUUACAAUCAAGUACAAGAUCUCAAAGGAGCCAUUAGGGUCUAUUGUAGAGUGAGGCCCUUUUUACCAGGACAAUCGAAGUCACUGACUACUGUAGACUAUAUUGGAGAAAAUGGAGACAUGAUGAUUGUAAAUCCCCUUAAGCAAGGAAAAGAGGCAAGAAGGGUAUUUUCAUUCGAUAAGGUGUUUGGAACAAGUGCAACACAAGAACAAAUUUAUGUUGACACUCAACCCUUGAUCAGGUCUGUUCUAGAUGGUUACAAUGCAUGCAUCUUCGCAUAUGGACAGACUGGCUCAGGGAAGACUUACACCAUGAGUGGUCCUGAUCUGACAUCUGAAGAGACAUGGGGUGUAAACUAUAGGGCUUUGCGUGACUUAUUUCAUAUCUCAAAGGAUAGGGCAGAUUCCAUAAAGUAUGAAGUCUUCGUCCAGAUGAUUGAAAUAUACAAUGAACAAGUGAGGGAUUUAUUAGUCAGUAAUGGCUCUAACAGAAGAUUAGAUAUACGAAACAAUUCUCAACUGAAUGGCCUCAAUGUUCCUGAUGCAUAUUUAGUCCCGGUUACUUGUACUCAAGAUGUUCUAUAUUUAAUGGAAGUUGGUCAGAAGAACCGUGCUGUGGGUGCUACGGCUCUCAACGAGAGAAGCAGUCGUUCUCAUAGUGUUUUGACUGUUCACGUUCGAGGCAGGGAGUUAGUUUCUGGCUCUAUUCUCAGGGGUUGUCUUCAUCUUGUGGAUUUGGCUGGAAGUGAGAGGGUUGAAAAAUCUGAGGCUGUUGGUGAGAGAUUGAAGGAGGCUCAACAUAUAAAUAGAUCACUUUCAGCACUUGGGGAUGUUAUAUCUGCUCUGGCACAGAAAAGUCCACAUAUCCCUUAUAGAAAUAGCAAGCUCACACAAGUGUUACAAGAUUCUUUAGGAGGGCAUGCAAAAACUUUGAUGUUUGUUCAUAUAAAUCCUGAACUUAAUGCUAUUGGGGAGACUAUUAGCACACUCAAGUUUGCUGAGAGGGUUUCAUCCAUUGAACUUGGGGCUGCUCAAUCUAACAAAGAAACUGGCGAAAUCUUAGAACUAAAGGAAGAGAUAUCAAGUCUGAAACUGGCAUUGGAGAGGAAGGAAGCAGAACUGGAACAGUGGAAGACGGCAGGUAAUGCUCGAAAUACCAUAGAGUCUCAGAAACCAAGAGCUGUUUCACCUUAUCAUUUUCCCAAACAUGGUCCAAGUGGCAUCAUGAAGCCUGACACUAGUCCACGUCUCACGGAUGAAAGAAGCUUUGAGUCUAGAAGUUGUUCUUCUGGUAAGCAAAGAAGGUCAAGGUUUCCCUCGGCAUUUAUGGACAAGGACACCAUGCCAAAAAUGUCACUUCUGACUGAAGACAAAGUAGUGAGCUCAGGGAAAGGAAGAUCACCAUCACCUCCAGUCCGAAGAUCAUCAUCCACUGAUAGAGGGUCUGUUAUUAAGAGUAGGGUAAAAAAUGACACAGAACACAACCAACCAAUAUUAAAGCAUCCAUUUCCAGCUAGAGUACCUUCUAACAAAUCCCUUGUGACAAUGCCAAUGGCUGCAUCCCUUCACAACAAUGCGAGGGAGCACGCGAAUUCGCGAGAGCCAGUAAAGCAGGAAAGCAUUUCUGAAACACUCUUCAACCUCCAGAAGGCUAACUCCAGGAAAGUUCCUCAAGAACUUGAAGAAGAACAGUUCAAGCAAGCACUUAGUGUAGUAAGACAAGGUGGUAUUAGAAAAAGCAAACUUGAAAGUAAGGUUAAGGCCAAGCAUCAUCAAUUAUCACCCUAUAAGAUUCAAUUUACAGGUGAAAUGACUGUGGAUCCAUCUCCAAAGAGUGACUACUCUGAGCAUGAAAAUGAACUUAGAUUAGUCGAGUCUGCUGUCCAUAGUGCUAUAAAUAUCAAAAAGAUACAUCAGAACUUGCCAAAGAAUUUUCAGAACCUUGAAUCAAGAGGAAUAGUGCAAACUGGAGAGCCUAUUUUGGCAACCAAAGUUGAAAACAAACUUUUUAAUGGUUCAGGUAGCAAUAUUAAAGAAGGAACCAAUGCAUCCAUGCCUGAAUUUAGAAGAAGCCGUUCUACUCCACGUGGAAAGUUUUUGGGUUUAUCUUAAGGAUUUUAUGCCAAAACAAUUUUUCUUAAAAAAUUACUUAUUUUUGUAUAGGAACUAGAUGUUGGAGUUCCGGCUCAUAUAAUUUAUACAAACUUUUGAAGAUUGAGGUUACUAUACUAUAUGUUCGAUUUGUCUCCUGUAUUUGAGCAUGCUUUGUAAUUUAAACUUGGUAUAUGAAUACACAUUACUAAGUUAUUGAGUUUUCUAGUGUUCA